ACAUAGAUAUCACUAAAGGUAUGGAUUACACAGCAGACGAAGCUAAUUUAGGAUCAGGUUGCUCUGAAGUUGAGGAACCUAAAAAGAAAUCACCUUUGAAUUGUCAUCAUAAUUGCUCUGGCAUUUCAGACGAACAGUCAACCACACAAAAAAAAUCAGGUCUAAACGUUGAAAAUUCCAACUAUCCAACAUUGGAAAGGGUACUGGAUCUUCCUGAGGAAAAUGAUCCAUCUAUGAAAAGUAUUGAAGAUAAUGGUAGUAUUAGAGAAAAGAGUUCGCCAAAACUCCACAGUGAUAAUGAUGUUCAUAAUGUUGUAAACACCAAUUUAUCCACUGUUAUUGGCAAGGAUGUUGCUCCUUCUAUCCCAUCUAGAGAUGAGUUUCAUCGGGUCUCGAGUAAUGUUCUUGGUUAUGUGGAUAAGCAAAGUGAAAUCAACACAGAGAAUGAUAAGAAAAGAAAAGAAUCCAGUUCACUUGAGAUAACAGCAGGAAGUCUUUCUCCCAAUUCUGAAAUUAAGGAUGCAAACAAGCGCCGUGCUCUUAUAUGUAACUUUUUCAGUAAAGGGUGGUGCAUCAAAGGAAGUUCUUGUAGGUUUCUUCAUGUAAAAGAUCAUGGGAGCAGUAAUAGCCAACAGUCCGGUGUAGAUACUGCUGCAAAUGGUAAAGGACAAACUCAACUUGAUGAAGGAAAAAUCCUGAUCACAGAUCUCAAAGAAAGUGAAAGGUUAAAUCAAUUACAAGACUCAAUUAAGAGCAAGGGUGUACCUUUUGGUCUUCCUUCUGACCCUCAACAAGUAUCUCCAAUCAAAGAUAGCAUUUUGCUGCCUAAUAAAUGUAGUUCCUCUAUAUUCAAGAACAACUUGCUUCCUGAAUGGAGAUGCUCUUCAAGUGGUUCGGUUUUGUCAUCAAGCAAUUACCAUAACAGGAAUCCAUCUUCUUAUGCAAGCAAUUUUGAGGAGCUAUCAGGCAUUCGGAAUAAUUAUGUUGAUCAUUCUUCUCCAGUUUCAAGUCAUUUUCUGAAUUCAAGUUUGAGUUCUGCCCUUCCGCCUACCGUUGUUUUGCCUUCACAUCAUAACUCUGAGUGGAUACAAUCAUCAUCUUUUAGUUCCUUAUCUAUGAAUGCAAGUCAUCUUGGUGCUCAAAAGCAAUUGGACAACAACAAAGAUUAUAAUGCUUCAAGUCAUUUCCGAGACUGCGGAGCUUUUCACCUUUCUUGG